AUGGCGGGCUCUACGCCCAACAUGAAUGGUGGGGGCUCUAUGCCCAACCAUGUUGUUGGCUCCUUCGGGGGCAACGGAAUUGGUUCCUUCCAAGGACCAAGUGCGGCACCUUUGGCACCGAGAAUGAUGCCACCCGCCGAAAAACCACCUAAAUUUGGAGGAGCUGACUUCAAGAGGUGGUAUCAAAAGAUGUUGUUCUACUUGACAACAUUGGGCAUCGCCAACUUCCUCACGGAGAACGAGCCGCCCGCGCCAAGUGAUCAAGAGACAAGUGUUGAGGUCAUGGCGGACUAUGAAGCAUGGCGCAAAGGAGAUUAUCUUUGUAAAAAUUUUAUUCUAAGUGCAUUAGAUGAUAGUUUGUACAAUGUAUACUCCCUUGUAACCACAUCAAAAGAGAUGUGGGAAAGCCUAGAGAAAAAAUAUAGUAUCGACAAUGCCGCCGGUACGGAACAUGUUGUAGUAUCCAAAUUCAUGGACUACAAAAUGGUCGACUCUAGACCGGUCAUGGAACAAGUUCAAGAGUUCCAAAUGAUCAUCCACGGACUCGUGGCUGAAGGGAUGAAUUUGCCCGACAACUUUGUGCGGUGCAUACUCAUUGAGAAGCUUCCUCCUAGUUGGAAGGACUUCAAGCACUACCUCAAGCACAAGCGAAAGAAGAUGAGUCUUGAAGACUUGAUCGUGAAGCUGCGCAUUGAAGCGGAUGUGCGCAAGAUCGACCAAAAGGCUAAGGGCUUUAGCCCACUUGAUGCCAAAGCCAACUUGUUGGAGCGGGGCGGUCCCUCCAACAAACGCCCUCGCCCAAAUCAGAAGGACAAGGGGAAGGGAAAGCAGCCUACAAAGAAGUUUGAAGGCGAAUGCUACAAGUGUGGCAAAGUUGGCCACUUUGCCAAAGACUGCCGCAGCAAGAAGAAGAAGCCGGCAGCCCACGUCGUUGAGAAAGAGUUCAAGGACUGGAAUGAAGAUGACCUCGUUGUCGUGGUCACUGAAGAAGUCAACAUUGUUGACAACAAGGGCGGCUGGUACAUCGACACCGGCGCUACUGCUCAUGUUUGCUCCGAUAGGAGCAAGUUUGCCUCCUACACUGCUGUUGAAGGGAGGAAGAUCAACAUGGGGAAUCAAGCAUCGUCCGAGGUCCUCGGCAUUGGCAACGUGAUUCUCAUGAUGACCUCUGGCGUCACUAUCACUUUGAAGGAUGUGCUACAUGUCCCGGACAUCCGCAAGAACCUAGUGUCAGGAUCAAUACUAGUUAAUAAGGGGUUUAAACUUGUAUUCGAGUCUGAUAGGUUUGUUUUGUACAAGUUUGGGAAGUCCCUCGGAAAAGGUUAUGUAACCGACGGACUUUUCAAGCUUAGUGUGGCUACGCGCCUUGUUCCAAAGCCUUUGGCUAACAAUAAUAAUAAAGCAUCUACUUCCUCUUAUUUGACCGAGUCUUCAAAUUUGUGGCAUUGUAGAUUGGGACAUGUAAAUUCAAAAGCCGUAAAAAGAUUAGUAAAUUUAGAUUUACUAAAGGCAAUUGAAGUAGAUACCCAAGACAAAUGUGAAAUAUGUCUUGAGGCUAAAAUGACUAAGUUACCGUUUCACUCAGUUGAACGAAAAACAAAACCCCUUGAAUUAAUUCACACGGAUGUAUGUGAUUUAAAGAUGGUGCAAACUAGAGGUGGUAAAAAGUACUUUAUCACUUUUAUAGAUGAUUGCACAAGAUAUUGCUAUAUUUAUCUUUUAAGAAGUAAAGAUGAAGCAAUCGAAGCGUUCAAAAAUUAUAAGAACGAAGUUGAGAAUCAACUUGGUUGUAAAAUCAAAGCGAUUCGAAGUGAUAGAGGAGGCGAGUAUGUAGCCCCGUUUGAGGAGUUAUGCAACGCAAGUGGUAUAAUUCAUCAAACAACUGCUCCAUACUCACCACAAUCUAAUGGUGUAGCGGAACGCAAAAAUCGAACUCUAAAAGAGAUGAUGAAUGCGUUACUACUAAGUUCAGGAUUACCCCAGAACAUGUGGGGGGAGGCUAUUUUGACAGCCAACUAUAUCCUAAACAAAAUUCCACUCAAAGGAAAAGACAUCACUCCUUAUGAAUUGUGGAAAGGUAGGAAACCAUCCUACAAAUACCUCAAAGUGUGGGGGUGUUUGGCCAAGGUGAUGGUUCCCCCGCCCAAAGAAGUUACAAUUGGCCCUAAAACAGUCGAUUGUAUCUUCAUUGGAUAUGCACUUAACAGCAGUGCAUAUAGAUUUGUUGUUCACAAUUCCAUGCAUUGUUUUGAGGGUUCUGACUGGAUUCACUUGAGAAGAGGCAGAGAAUUUUUCCCAAGAGGCCCACUAGUGAAAGUUGAUCCAUUGGGGAGGUGUGCUGCGGUGCUUGCAUAUGGAUUACAAAUGAUAGUCCUCAAAGCAGCUGAGGCUAGCACUGGUUUAACUGCACCUGCAGAGGACAGUACUUUCAGGGCAGCUGCUGCAUCUCGAAUUGAAUCAUCGUAUAUUGUUGGCUUACGAGAUCUUGAUAUGAAGCAUGUUAAAGAUUUCAUCUUCAUCCAUGGUUAUAUUGAGCCUGUUGUGGUAAUUCUUCAUGAACAUGAGCUUACAUGGGCGGGUCGGGUUGCUUGGAAACAUCACACUUGUAUGGUUUCAGCACUCAGCGUCAAUACAACAUUAAAGCAGCAUCCGCUCAUAUGGUCAGCCAUGAAUCUCCCUCAUGAUGCAUACAAGCUUCUUGCAGUUCCUUCACCUAUUGGUGGAGUUCUUGUAAUUGGUGCGAAUACAAUUCAUUAUCAUAGCCAGUCUGCUUCAUGUCACUUGGGGUUGAACAAUUUUGCUGUUCCCGCAGAUGGAAGUCAAGAGAUGCCUAGGUCUGGAUUUACUACGGAGCUUGAUGCCGCCACUGCGACAUGGUUAACUAAUGAUGUUGCUGUGUUCUCCUCUAAAUCUGGGGAGCUGCUUUUGCUUACUCUUGUUUAUGAUGGGAGAGUUGUUCAGAGGCUUGAACUGAUGAAGUCAAGAGCUUCAGUCCUUACAUCGGACAUUACUACCAUUGGAAGCACGUUUUUCUUCUUGGGCAGUCGGUUGGGUGAUAGUCUGCUUGUACAGUACUAUUCUGGAGUUGGAGCUCCAACACUAAGUCCUGGUGUAAAGGAAGAGGUUGGGGAUAUUGAAAGUGAUGCCCCGUCAAUGAAGAGACUGCGGAGAUCUCCUUCUGAUGCAUUGCAGGAUUUGAUUACCAGCGAGGAACUUACAUUCUAUGGCACAGGUCCAAACAAUGCUCAAAUAGCUCAGAAAAACUUUACUUUUGCAGUACGGGAUUCAUUGCUUAAUAUUGGUCCACUAAAGGAUUUCUCUUAUGGUUUGAGAAUUAAUGGCGAUCCAAAUGCUACAGGAGUUGCGAAGCAAAGUAAUUAUGAACUGGUAUGCUGUUCUGGCCAUGGAAAAAAUGGUGCUCUCACAGUACUUCAAAAAUCAAUCCGCCCAGAUACAAUAACUCAAGAAUCAUUACCUGGUUGCAAAGGAAUUUGGACUGUCUACCACAAGAAUUUGCGCAGUGACUCCUCUAAAGGAGUAGCUGACGAGGAUGAAUAUCAUGCAUACUUGAUUAUUAGUUUGGAAAAUCGUACAAUGGUAUUGCAAACUGCUAAUAAUCUUGAGGAGGUAACUGAAAAUGUGGACUAUUACGUCCAAGGAACUACAGUUGCUGCAGGAAAUUUAUUUGGAAGACGUCGAGUUAUUCAAGUAUUUGCUCGUGGUGCUCGGAUACUUGAUGGUGCUUUUAUGACUCAAGAUUUGAGCUUAAAAUCUUCCAAUACAGAGAUGAAUGCAGCUUCUGAUGGGGCAACUGUGUCCUCAGUUUCUAUAGCUGAUCCUUAUGUGUUGCUGAGAAUGACUGAUGGAAGCAUUCAGCUUCUUGUUGGAGAUCCAUAUACCUGCUCCGUUUCAGUCAUCAAUCCACCAGUAUCUGAAAACUCUGAUAAGUUGGUAUUAGCUUGCACUCUCUAUCAUGAUAAAGGUCCUGAACCAUGGAUUCGUAAGACAAGUACUGAUGCCUGGCUUUCUACUGGGAUUGGUGAGGCUAUCGAUGGGGCUGAUGGUUCAACACAUGAUCAUGGUGACGUGUACUGCGUUCUAUGCUAUGACAAUGGAGAUUUGGAGAUAUUUGAUGUACCUAACUUUAACAGUGUUUUCUUGGUCGAUAAAUUUGUAUCUGGAAGGAGCCACAUCUUAGAUACAUUUUUCCAUGGCGCAGCGAAAAAUCAUAUAAACCUCACAAACAAACAUUCUGAAGAUAUUGGACAAGUCAGAAAAGAGGCCACUCACAAUAUAAAGGUGGUUGAGCUGUCUAUGCAGAGAUGGGAUUCAGAGCAUAACCGGCCAUUCCUUUUAGGAAUAUUGUCUGAUGGGACCAUUCUUUGUUAUCAUGCUUACAUUUACGAAGUUUCAGAUAAUGCUUCCAAGACUGAGGGUGUCGUUUCUUCUCAGAACUCCGUUAAUCUUAGCAAUACGAAUGCAUCUAGGCUUAGAAAUUUACGAUUCGUUCGUGUCCCCUUGGACACAUAUGCGAAAGAAGAGACACCAUCUGGAGUCUGCUCACAACGCAUCACUGUUUUCAAGAAUGUUGGUGGUCUACAAGGUUUUUUUCUUUCUGGCUCAAGGCCAAUGUGGUUUAUGAUGUUUCGAGAGCGGCUUCGGAUGCACCCACAGGGGUGUGAUGGACCUAUAGUAGCCUUCACCGUUCUUCACAAUGUUAACUGCAACCAUGGGUUUAUAUGUAUAACUUCAGAGGGUGCUCUGAAAAUAUGCCAGCUUCCAGCUUUAUCAUAUGACAAUUAUUGGCCUGUACAAAAGAUUGGGCUGAAGGGGACUCCACAUCAAGUUACCUAUUUUGCAGAGAAGAACUUGUACCCUGUUAUAGUUUCUGUUCCAGUGCUCAAGCCACUUAAUCAAGUGCUCUCAUCUCUUGUUGAUCAAGAAGUCGGAAACCAGUUUGAGCAUGAUAAUAUUAAUAUGGAGGGGACAUAUCCCAUGGAAGAAUUUGAGGUUCGGAUUAUGGAACCAGAGAAAAUAAAUGGCCCCUGGCAGACUAGGGCUACUAUUCCUAUGCAAAGUUCUGAACACGCUCUUACUGUGCGAGUGGUGACGUUAUUUAACACCACUGCACAAAGAAAUGAGACACUUUUGGCAAUUGGAACUGCUUAUGUACAAGGAGAGGAUGUUGCAGCAAGAGGACGCAUUCUUUUAUAUUCUGUUGAAAGAAUCUCAGACAAUAUACAGGUUACAGAAGUCUAUUCCAAGGAGUUGAAGGGUGCUAUAUCAGCUCUUGCAUCACUUCAAGGCCAUUUACUACUUGCUUCAGGUCCUAAAAUUAUUCUGCACAAAUGGACAGGCUCUGAGUUGAACGGUGUUGCCUUUCAUGAUGUUCCACCUCUCUAUGUCGUUAGCUUAAACAUCGUUAAAAAUUUUAUUCUUCUUGGCGAUAUUCACAAAAGCAUAUAUUUUCUUAGUUGGAAAGAGCAGGGCUCUCAACUCAAUCUGUUGGCAAAAGAUUUUGGGUCACUUGAUUGUUUAGCAACUGAGUUUUUGAUCGAUGGAAGCACACUCAGCCUCACUGUUUCAGAUGACCAGAAGAAUGUUCAGAUAUUCUAUUAUGCUCCAAAAGUAUCAGAGAGCUGGAAAGGACAGAAGCUUCUGUCAAGAGCUGAGUUUCAUGUUGGUGCCCAUAUUACCAAAUUUCUACGGUUGCAGCUUCUUCCCACAUCUGCUGAUCGAACUAUGCCUGGCUCUGAUAAGACAAACCGAUUUGCCUUACUUUUUGGUACCCUGGAAGGCAGCAUUGGCUGCAUUGCACCUCUGGAGGAACUUACCUUUCGCCGUCUGCAGUCAUUGCAGAAAAAGCUUGUAGAUUCUGUCUGCCAUGUCGCUGGACUAAAUCCACGAUCUUUCAGACACUUCCAUUCGAAUGGAAAGGCUCAUCGCCCAGGUCCUGACAGCAUUGUCGAUUGUGAGCUGCUCGUGCAUUUCGAGAUGCUGGCACUCGAAGAUCAACUUGAAAUCGCUAAUCAGAUCGGUACGACACGGAUGCAGAUCAUGUCCAACUUGAAUGACCUCAGUGUUGCCACAAGCUUCUUGUGAGCACUUCAUGUUGAAUACCUUGUGUGUUGAAUAGUGGUCUUUAAUCUUUAUGUAAUAUGCUGAGGUUAGAACUUGACACUAAUAUUUCUCAUUAAAUUAGUCUCUUUCUUGUAUUUGUAAAUGAAAAAUUAAAAGAUUCUGAUGCAAAUAUUCAUUUAUUAAA